GUGGAAUUUCAGGACUCAGGAUUGAGGAAGGGGAAGUGAAGUGAAGAUGAAGAGAGGAAAGUUAGUUGCUUUCGUCUCUCUCAGUCGGCAGAGGUCAGUACAGUUACUGAUCGGUUUGGGGAUUUCGUAUAUGCUCUUGGUGAGUGUAGAAAUUCCGGUUGUGUUUCAAGGUGGUGUCGACUCCAUUUCGGCUGACGGUUCCAAUGGUUUUCUCAACGAUGCUUUGCAUCGGCCAUUCCGGCUUGAUAGUGAAGAGGAGACGCAGGUCAAAGAAGCGCCGAUUCGACCUUCUAAGAUUCCUUUUAGGGUUUCGCAGAGUACUUUUCAGCCAUCGCAGACGAGGAACCCCCAGAGACGGAUGCGAGAAUACAAGACCAUUUCGGGCUUAAUCUUCGAGGAUGGUACUUUAAACACUCACAAAGAUGGGUUAUCGGGGCUUCAGAAGUCUGCUAGGGAUGCUUGGGAAGUAGGGAAGAAGCUCUGGGAAGAGCUGGAGUCGGGGAAUGUGCAGUUCGAUGAGAUGAAGAAGAGGGAGAAUCAAUCCGAGUCUUGCCCACAUUCAAUUUCGCUUACUGGGCCGGAAUUUCAGAGCCGCGGUAGAAUUAUUGAACUCCCUUGCGGGCUAACUCUGGGAUCACACAUUACGGUGGUGGGGAGACCACUUCCGGCUCACGCUGAGUACGACCCGAAGAUUUCUCUCACUAAUGGAGAGGAUCAGUCAGUUAUGGUAUCGCAGUUCAUGAUGGAGUUGCAGGGACUGAAGAUUGUUGAUGGGGAGGAACCUCCAAGGAUUCUGCACUUCAAUCCUAGGUUGAAGGGUGACUUUAGUGGGAGGCCGGUCAUAGAACAGAAUACUUGCUAUAGGAUGCAGUGGGGAUCGGCGCAUCGGUGCGACGGUUGGAAAUCUAAGGCUGAUGAAGAAACUGUUGAUGGACAGGUCAAGUGUGAAAAAUGGAUUCGUGAUGACGACAAUCACUCCGAGGAGUCAAAGGCAAUAUGGUGGUUAAACCGGUUGAUUGGCCGAACGAAGAAGGUUACUGUUGAUUGGCCAUACCCAUUUGCUGAGGACAAGCUGUUUGUACUCACGCUUAUUGCAGGAUUGGAAGGUUAUCAUGUCAGUGUUGAUGGAAGACAUAUUACCUCUUUCCCCUAUCGCACUGGAUUUGUUCUUGAGGAUGCAACUGGACUAUCGCUGAAUGGGGACAUUGAUAUCCGUUCCAUAUUUGCUGCUUCCAUGCCAACAUCGCAUCCAAGUUUUGAUCCAAAGAGGUUACUUGAGAUGUCUAGUAAAUGGCAAGCCCCACCUCUUCCUGAAGGGCCUGUAGAGUUUUUCAUUGGUAUCCUCUCUGCUGGCAACCAUUUUGCUGAGCGUAUGGCUGUUAGGAAAUCCUGGAUGCAGUCAAAACUGAUCAGGUCAUCAAAAGUGGUUGCCCGGUUCUUUGUGGCACUGAAUGGUAGAAGAGAGAUAAAUGCAGAGCUAAAGAAAGAAGCGGAGUUCUUUGGUGAUAUUGUUAUAGUUCCGUUUAUGGAUAGCUAUGAUCUUGUAGUUCUUAAGACAGUCGCUAUCUGUGAAUAUGGGGUUCGCACGGUAUCUGCAAAUUAUAUCAUGAAAUGUGAUGAUGACACAUUUGUAAGGAUAGAUGCGGUGGUGAAGCAAGCAAAGAAAAUACCCAGCAAUAGGAGCCUAUAUGUAGGGAAUAUAAAUUACUAUCAUAAGCCCUUGCGUGAGGGUAAAUGGGCAGUGACAUAUGAGGAAUGGCCAGAAGAAGAUUAUCCACCUUAUGCGAAUGGACCUGGCUACAUUGUGUCAUCUGAUAUUGCACAUUUUGUUGUAUCCGAGUUUGAGAGUCGCAAGCUAAGACUGUUCAAGAUGGAGGAUGUGAGUAUGGGAAUGUGGGUAGAGCAGUUCAACAGCUCAAGGCCCGUGGAGUAUAUUCACAGCUUUGGGUUCUGCCAAUUCGGGUGUAUUGAUGAGUACCUCACAGCACACUACCAGUCUCCUAGGCAGAUGAUCUGUCUGUGGGACAAAUUGCAACAACAGGGAAGACCUCAGUGCUGCAAUAUGAGAUGAUGAUGAUGAUUCUCUCUUGCUGAUGCCAAUGACA